CUGAAAUAUUAUUCACUGCUCCCAACUCCCAACUACACUCAAGCGACGAAUUCGGAUCAUAUCCUGGCUCCUGUUGAGGCCAUGGAAAUGAUAAUCGAGAACGGAAAUCUGGUGUCAUAGACCCAUUCUGCGAUAUAAUAUUCUACAUCAUGUCAGCCUCAUCCGUAGCCUCGAGCACCUUGACACGAUCCCGCGCCAUCAUCCUGACUGUUGCGACGAUCGCGACUUGUGUUGCUGGCUAUGGACUCUACAGAACUCUUGCGUACGACCAUGAGAGGUCCUCCAUGCCAGGCUCUGGCCUGCAUCGAAGCAAUGCGGUUCAUCAUAGGCGGCGGCGACGAAACACGUUGGGCAACGAUGCUCCCACCUCCAUAUUCGUAGAUGAUACAAUCGAGGACGAGAACGACAACGAUGGGGAAAGGGACAUUGUGGCCAGGAUGUUGGCAGAUGGAGACACAGUGGUCGAUGACCAGGGACAGGAUGAUCUGCCGUGGGUUGAGAUUCCGCAGGCAUUUCAAGAACCGUACCAGCGCAAUGGUCAGAACAUCGUUCAGCUCCUCUUCCGAGUCUCCGAAGAUGCUACCAGGCGGAAUGCAUAUGUCCAUAGAGGAUGCGCUUGUAAUAGCUGUGGGACUGUGCCUAUUCGAGGGAUCAGGUACAGGUGUGCGAACUGCGCAGAUUACGAUUUAUGUGAAAGCUGUGAAUCACAGGGGAUGCAUAUCAAGACACAUAUAUUCUACAAGAUCAAGGUACCGGCGCCUUCUUUUGGGCCAAGACAUAUACAACCUGUCUGGUAUUCCGGAGAUCCAGACUCUGUGCCCAGAAUACUGCCAAAGGAAAUCCUUACGAAGCUAUCACGAGAGACUGGGUUUGAGAGGCCUGAGCUAGAUGCAUAUUGGGAGCAAUGGACAUUCUUGGCAAACACAGAUUGGAGAGAUGAUCCUGAUGAUAUUUGCUUGGCCAUGGACCGAAAGACAUUCGAGCGUUGCCUUGUACCAUCUGGAGGAUAUCGACACUCUGCCCCAAGCUUGAUAUUUGAUCGCAUGUUUGCUUUCUACGACACAAAUAAAGAUGAUCUGAUUGGAUUUCCCGAAUUCCUGCACGGGAUCGCAUAUCGAAAGAAGAAAGACAAGUGGAGCAAGAUAUUCCAAGGUUAUGACAUAGAUGGCGAUGGAUUUGUUGACAGAAAAGACUUUCUAAGGAUGUUUCGGUCAUAUUAUGUUCUCUAUCGCCAGAUGCAUCGUGAUAUGCUAGAAGGGAUGGAAGAGCAACAAAUGAGCAGUACCGAUGCACAUAGGCUAGUCAACAGCAGACAGCCAUUGAGCAGCGCAUUCGGACAAGACGGCCGGUAUCCACGGGCUCCUGAUCCACGUACAGGUGAGGGCAAGGUCAAACAAUCUAAUGGUGAUCUUGAGAUUGUCGACGGUAAAGGCGUCAUCAAUGAGAGCAGCAAUGAUACCGGGAAUCGAGACGAGGUCUUCCGACGAGACAUGCCAGGAUUAUUUGGUAGUAACUGGGAUCGUGACAGUAGAAGGAAUACCGCGUACUGGGAAACAAUGCUCAAUCCUCCGGAAAAUCUCAGGCAAAUGCCGAGAGAGAACGACGAUGAAACUGAUGAUUCAUAUGAUGGCGAAUCCAAUCCAGAGUCUGAUCGAGGGUGGCCCCCUACUUUUAUUGGUAUCACCGAUGAGGAUGCAGAGGUUAUUGAGGGCCCAGGAAGUCGAGUUGAAAAUGUUCAACGAGCAAAUCGGCGUGCUGUGAUUGCCCAAGCAAUCUUUCGAGAAGGAGCUCAUAGAGAAGUCUAUGAGCGGUGGCAGCGAAGGCACUUCUACACCGAUGAGGAGGAGGGUGCUAUGCCUCCAGCGGACUGGAAGGAUGACGAUGAUAUUUUGGCCAACACUGGGGUAGCAGGUGAAAGCUCGAAGGUCUCAAGACCAAUUCACUCUCGUUCAUCGUCCAAGGUUCGCUUUGCAGAAGACAUGGAUGACUUUGACACUCGCUCAAAUCCUUCCACAUCUUCAAGGAGUGUGCCUGAGCGUUGGGGAGGAAUGGAAAUCCCAGACGCCGAGAAAGAUGCUGGAAAAGAAAUCCUGUAUCAGGUCACUCAACAAGCUUUCAAUGAGCUACUGGAUCCGCUGUUCAAGGACAGAGAGGAUCUCGCAAUUGAGUCUGCAGCAUCACAGAUCGAGCGAGAUCAAUACCGAGACAUGUAUUCAACUCCUGAGUUUGAAGCAUGGGCAUUGGAACAGGAAGCCAAAGAGGCAAAGAAGCAAGAAGAGCGCGCUGCACGGAAUUCAGGAGACACUUUUACACCUAUAUGGCCAGGGUUCCCAGAGGUCGAGCUGGAGGAGGUUCGAGAACGUCCUCUGCAAGAACUACUAGCUGCGGCUGGGUAUCAAGUCGAAAUCAACGAUCGAAAUAAAUCUGACAGCGAAUCGGGUCCCUCAGAAUACCGCGAUCCAACUAUGCCUCAGUUCCGCCCUAACACCAUCGAACGACAGAGCUCGAGCGAAAACACUCCUCGGAGGAGAAUACUUCCUUGGAUGAAUGGCAGCACAGAACGCUCCACGACCGGCUAUCACCUUUGGAGGUGCGAGCGUGCUGCUAAGGAUGCAGAAACCAGAGGCGGAUGGGCGAAGUUGAGCUUGAGUGAGUUUGAGAGCUUGGUUAAGAGGUUUGUCAAGGAGGGGAAGGGGAAUCAGAUGGAUUAUUUGGGAAGUUGGAUUGAGUUUUGCAUUCCUUGA